AUGUUAGGAAUGUUGGUGGAAUAUGAAGAGAUGGAUUUACGGAAUCCGGAGGAGAUUCCGUGGGCUGAAGCUGGUGCUGAGUUUGUUGUUGAGUCUACUGGAGUCUUUACAGACAAGGACAAGGCUGCUGCCCAUUUGAAGGCUGUUGGUAAAGUUCUUCCGUCCCUGAACGGGAAGUUGACCGGGAUGGCAUUCCGAGUCCCUACUGUUGAUGUUUCAGUGGUGGACCUCACUGUAAGACUAGAGAAAGAAGCCACAUAUGAUGAAAUCAAAGCUGCUAUCAAUUCUCGUGUUAUUGAUUUGAUCCGCCACAUGGCUUCGGUUAAAGCUUGA